GUCUACAAUCUGAUGCGGCCGGAACACGAAUCUUCAGUCGGGAGUCGGGACUCGAGCAUGCACCUGCCCGGCCAGUUGAGGUCACGUGAUCACUAUCGGCCAAUCCCUAAACCUAAACGUUAUAGCACUUUAAAGCGAGGAGCACACACUUUUGCAUAAGCGCAUAACUAUAACAUAAAGAAAUUGAUUGGUCCACAAAUGAAGAAUCCUUCCUGUCUUCCUUAAUGAAUAAUAUCAAAGAAUGGCCGAUCCAACGUUACAAACCUUUUGUUGUCAUCAUACAAAUCGAACGGACAAGGCUAUAGCGAUAAUGCAAGAAUUCAAUACGGAUGCGUACAAUACGGUGUGCAUGAUAUCAGCAACAAUGGGUAUAAUAGGUGCGAUUUAUCAGAUAUUACCUCGAGAAGAUUUGAAUAUUUCUCAACAAUGGAGAAGUUUUUCUAGAGGGCGAGACAUUAUUGUAUGGCUUGCUGUUGCUGAUCUCUUAGCGUCUUUAGGUGUGUUUGUAAGAUCAGCAUUAUGGCGAAAUUUCAAGUCUAUCAUGCCAAUGGAAGGCGAUACAUCGAGUGUUAUUUUUUGCGCUUUGUCAUCGGCAUGGACUCAAUAUUUCUAUAUGGCUACAUGGAUAUGGACAUUAUGUUAUGCAGUAGACAUGAAAUUAUUAUUAGGCGAUAGAAACGGCCAUUCUAUAUAUUAUCAUACUUUCGCCUGGGUGCUUCCAGCCAUUCUUACUUCGUUUGGAUUGAUCAUCUUAUAUAUUCCAGAUGCAAAUUGUCACAAUUUGACAUCAUUAUCAAGUGCCAUAUUGCGUAUUCUUCCAAACUAUUGUGCUACAUAUGUAUUACUGGCAAUAGUCAUGAUCGCAAAUCCUAUUUUGUAUAUUGCGUCAACUCGAGAUCUUGAAACGGCAGUUUUACAUAGCAUGGCUCAAAUGACUGGAAGAGAGCGAAGAUUGAUACAAACAGUUAGAUUAAAAUUUGCUCUCAUCAAUUUGGUCUACUAUGUAUGCUGGAUGCCCAAUUUAAUCAAUGGGAUAUUAUUGUGGACUUUAUGGUUUAAGUUGCCGAUUACAGCAAUUAUCACUUUGUGGUAUAUAAUGGCUGUGACAAAUCCUCUUCAAGCAUUCUUUAAUGCGAUUGUUUAUCAAUCGUGGAAUAGAAGAGAAAAAUUGCGUCUUGAAUGUUGUCAAGAUUUCAAGUCAAGCACUAAUAUACAUUUAAAUGCGAUCGAGAAAAGAAAUAGUAGUGCUAAUUUUUCUGAAUCAUCUCCACUAUUAAAUCCAAGAAGAGAAUGCAGACAGAACAUUCCACAUAUCAGCAUAAACGGAUCUUCGUCUCUGAAAACUUAAGACCUCAAAAUCGUCAUGUCAAAUUUGCACCAUCAAGAGGGAAGAUUCGAAGCGCCAAGUGUUAACGAUGUGAUUUCAUGAACGAUCAUCUCAGCAAUUCUCCAUGCUAAAU